AUGGCAAACCCAUUGCAGCAUAUGAAGAAUGCUGCAACGCUUCCGGCGAACAUGGAAAAGUGGUUUGGAACCUCUCAAAUGAACAAACAAAUGCAAAUAAGGCAGCCUGCAGGAAUAGAAUAUCUGAAACAAUCAUCUCUACCUAUGCCUGCAGCCAUAAUGCCACCAUCCGGACUUUCGUUGAGUGGCAUCUAUAGUUCAACUGGCUUCGAUAUGUUGAGCGUUAUGGGCCGAAUUUCUACACGGGCCAACCCCGUUAUUGCUAUUGGGCCUGUUGACUUGUCGUGCUCCUUCUUGAUCACUGACGCCAGGAAACCGGAUUGUCCCAUUGUAUACGCAAGUGAAACAUUCGAACGACUCACAGGAUACAGCGGACAAGAAAUCGUUGGAAGGAAUUGUCGUUUCUUGCAAGCUCCUGAUGCAGCUGUCGAGAAGGGCUCUGUGAGGAAAUAUACGGAUAAUAAUGUCGUGUUUCAAAUGAGACAAGCCGUGGAGGAGACGAAAGAAUGUCAGUUUACAUUGAUCAAUUAUAAGAAGAGUGGAGAGCCGUUUAUCAAUCUUAUUACCGUUAUACCCAUAUCUUUACAUCGUCUUGACCAAGUGGAUUUCUUUGUUGGAUUACAGAUUGAUCUAGUGGAUCAACCACAAGCUAUUCUCAACAAGAUGAAGGACGGAACAUACAACGUAAACUAUCAAAUACCCCACGUAAUACCCCGAAACCCGAAAGAACAAGUCUCCUCAUACGCUGCUGAUGUCCAAUCUCUAAUGACACAAACGGCAGUUCCUUCAGCCGUCGCACUUCCACCGCUACCUGAAGUCGUAUCCAACAUUGCAUAUGGAGUCGACUUUAUACACAUCCUCUCAUUACGUGGCAUGUUUCUAUACUGCUCUCCAGUCUCAUGUCGACAAUUGUUAGAAUACGAUGCAGCCGAAAUAAUGGGGCAUAGUCUAUCAGAAUUCGUACACCCAGCAGAUCUAGUAGGAGCCAUGCGAGACCUGAAAGUGGCACAAACAGGAGAACGAAUCAAUGUCGUGUGUCGAUUCAAACGUAAAUACACUGGAUACAUAUACGUGGAAUUGAGAGGCCACUUGUAUGAAGGAGAAAGUGGUAAACGAACCAAAUGCUUCAUCAUGUCUGGACGAGAGAAACGAGUGGGACGACUCUCUGCCCGUGAUACACUACCAUCGAAUGUCACUGUAGUAGAUACUCCCGAGGGUAAAUCAAUUGCUGUAGGGGCUAGUGAGACAUGGGGUAAAAUAUCACCAGAAGGAUUGAUUUUAUACUCGUGCAACAACUCGACGGAAGUAUUUGGUCGAAGCCCCGAUGAUUUAUAUGCACACAACAUUACCGAAUUCCUACACCCCGAAGAUCGAUACAACUUUACGAGUAAAAUGGAAGCUGUAGCCCAAGAUCAACGACCCAUAGAUAUCGUAUGUCGAGUGAUACUACCACCUAGAUCAUUAGGUCGAGAUCCAGUUGUACCCGUAAUGAUACGAGCAUAUGCUGGAGCCGGUAUACCGAGCGCGACCGUCUUUACUCAAAUUAAAGUCUUGUCACCAGGAGCCAAGAGUUUACUACCACCCGCACAUAGUCUACCAUCACCCAUAAGCACACCACAACAGUUCCCAUCACCAGGUGGACCAACACCUGGAUCAUCGUCAUCAGGAGAAGAUCCAUCUACACCUCGAACAAGCUCAUCGUCAUUAUCGACCACUACGCCACUAAAUAGCACGUUACUGCAAGGCUUGUUGGUGUAUUCUGACUUGUAUGAAGGUGGUAACCUGUUUGAUAUCAUGGCACCCACUCGAGCUACAUCAUUGCAUUAUGAGCUGAAUCAACUCAAGGCUCAGAAUAAGAGGCUGAGGGAGGAGGUUGACAAUAUAGUGUUUUGCAAGAAGCCGAGAAUGGAAGUUGUUGAAACUCCCAUAUGUUGCAUGUGUGGGACAACCUCAUCACCUGAAUGGCGAAGAGGCUCUGAUGGUCUUCGUAACGUUUGUAACGCUUGUGGUCUCCGAGCAAACAAGUUGAGAUGA